UCAAGGAGGGCAGGAGCGUAAUUCCUGGCUGGGGUGGGAGGCGGAGAAGCCCCGCCCCCUUCGAGGCCUUGCCCCGAAAGACUCUUGGCGGGUGCCCCUUUAAGAGCGGAAUGUUGAGUCAUUGGGUGGGGCUGUUGCCAAGGGCAACGUGUGGACCCUGGUGGGCCCCGAGAGUGUGGAGGGCAACCCACAGGCUCGCGUCCUUCCCCCCCCAUCCCUGUCCCGCCGGCUGCCCCUUUAAGAACAGCACUCGUGGCAGGCGGGGCGGAGCGUUUAGAACGUCCGGCGACGGGGCGUUCCAAAGGCCACGCCCCCCGCCCCAGCGUCGCCCCUUUAAGAGCCGCGCGCGGGGGCGGGGCGUUCGGAACGCUGGGGACAAACAACUGGAUACAGAGCGUUCCAAAGGCCACGCCCUUUUCCCCCCCGCGCCCCCGCCUGCUCCUGGACCUAGAGAAACCUGACCCCCCAUCUCCCCCUGGGCCUGGCGCCCCACUCCCCCCGCCCCAUGGCACCCGGCUGGGGAACCGGUGCCCCCCAGCGGGCCCUGGCAGCCCCCGGGGCGCCCCCCGUGGCUCUGUUCCCCCGGCCCCCCACGCUGGCUGCCCCCCUGCUGCUGGCCCUGGCCCUCCUGGCCCCCCCGGCCCGGGGCUGCGUUCAGUGCCGCCCGGGGCACAAGGACGUCCCGGCCCGUUUCGCCCGGCUCUGUGCCCGCUACCGCCAGGUUCACGGCCGCCCGGGCUGCCCCAGCCAGCCCUGGGGCCCGGAGUCCUUCAAGGGGUUCGCCCUGGACGAGCAAGCCCUGGACGCGGUGACUGAGAAAACACACCGAGUCUUACGUGUCAUUGAGAUCAGCCGGACUCUCUCGGACCUGCCCAAGUUCUGGGACUGGCUGCGGGAAGUGAAGCUCCUGGAAGCCAGCAAGGAGGUUCUGUGCCCUCCAGCUUGCCGGGGCUCGGCCUUGGCCAUCAACUGCUCCAGCUGCAAGAAGGGGAAGGUGCCCUGCUGGGCCCCGAAGAAAUGCUACUCCGGGCGCAGGGAUCUCCAGGCCUCGGUGCUGUUGCUGAGCGUCCUGUCCGCCUCCAGCCUGCUUGUGGGGUUCAUCACCUGCGCCCUACAAUUCCGGUUCUACCCGGUGCCCGAGUGACCCCCCCCAACCCCCCACCCCCAAUAAAUGGGCUUCCCCUCCGG